AAUAGACGAUCUUGGACCGGCCGGUGACGUCACGACGCCGCUCCUCCAGCUGGACGUCAGUCAGCGUUUGAGACUUAACUUUUUACUCCGCCAUGUUUCACAAAUUAAAGACAUCGAAUUAAAUUCCGAGGCGUUAAAUCAGCCGCUGAGAAGAGUUGCAACGGGAGAUUAGUCGAUGUCAGAGGCGUUCGGAACUCGAACAUUAACCUCAGGUCGCUGCGCUUCUCUUGUCAGAGAUGUGACGAGCUGUCAAUCAAGCCAGGCCACGCCCCCUCUCACCAUCAGGCAGUCAAGGCACAGUGUGGAGGGCCGCCAUGCACGUGACGCUCAUGCGCUCAGACUUUGGUCUGGACCCGCCCAGCGCCGUUAACCAUGCCAUCAGCGCCACGGGAGCGUCGCCCGGCCUGAGAGCUCGGCCGCCAUGUUGUCUCACUUCCUCCUCGCCAGCGGCUGAGGACGGCGCAGCCCUGCUGGACAUGUGGGCUGUCAUCAAGCCGGGACACGUCCGCGAGAAGAUCGCCAUCUUCACUGAGGAGGCGGGAGAACGAAACCACGCCUCCUUUUUGGGGACUGCGCGGGCCGGAAAGGUGAAGGGACGCUGGCAGGAAAAUGGUGACGCCAAGCGGCGGAGGAGGUCUGCAGACAGCCAGAACCUCCCAGAGGACCUGGGAAGCUCCGCCCACGUUCUGGCAAGUGGGCGUGGCGAUGUUGAGGGGGUGGAGCGCAAGGUGUCUGUGGGCGAGAUGGUGGCGUUCCUGGAACGGCGAGCAAGUGUGCACCAGGCAGACUCCAAACCCCUGCUCGCGCUCCACAAGAGCUUUGCAGCCCCGCCCCCUCAGGACAAAGGGGAGGAGCCAGAGUGCGUCAAGGUGUCGGACAUGGUGGCCAAGCUGGAGUCCGAGUGUCUGCGGUGCAGGACCGAGGGGGGCGUGUCCAGAAGCAACAGCCUGAGGUCAGUGGGGCGUGUCCUCCUUGCCAGUGCCCACCAUUUCCCCGCCCCCUCACCGUGUCCGUCAGGGGCCUCGGCUCUGGCCACACCCUCCUUCCGGCCGUCAGGUGGGAGUCCUGAGGCCUCGCCCUCGCUGGCUGAGGAGGCGGAACCUCUUCCUGGAUUAUUGUUUCUAUCUCCGCCCGCGACGAGCACUCAUUUAGGCACCGACACAGAUUUGACUUUUGGCUCCAGCACCCCCCCUCCCCAGCCCCGUAGUGUCUGUGCUCUGAGCGGCAGCGUGACACGGCGCUCCUCGACAUCACUCGACUUCCUGGAGCUGCGCCAGCAACUCCGCCAGCUUCUGGAGCCUCCGCCCACGGCGCCACUGUCUGCACUGCCGGCGGACGUGCUGGUGGGCAUCUUCGCGCUGCUGCCCACACGCACGCUGGCAGCACUCAAGUGCACGUGUCGCUACUUCAAGUCCAUCAUCAACAGCUACGCCGUCCGCCCCGCCGACGCGCUGUGGGUGUCGGAUCCCCGUUACCGCGACGACCCCUGCAAGCGCUGCAAGCGGCGCUACGUGCGCGGCGACACGUCGCUUUGUCGCUGGCACCAUAAGCCGUACUGCCAGCCGCUGCCCUACGGCCCCGGGUACUGGAUGUGUUGCCACGGCACCCACAGGGGUGCGCCGGGGUGCAAACUGGGUCUCCAUGACAACCGCUGGGUGCCUGCCUUCCACAGCAUCAACGUUCCCUUUUGCCGCGGGAACGGCGGUGACUAAGCUGUUUUCGCUUUGCGCCACAAACUCAACUUUUUACAUUUUUUUUUAAUCGGCCCAAAGGGAAGGGUCUCAGGCAGGAUCCUUCCCCAUCAAGCAGGUGGGCGGGGCCUUCGCCAGAUAGACUUCCUGUGCACCUUGUUUGUGUUUACUUUUCCGGUUGCCGUGGAGAUGAUAAACAUUGAAAGAGGAAGAUUGAAAAACCAAAAGUUUGCUUUAAUAAAGAGCUUUUU